AUGAAGCUCGGUGUGAGUGAGUGAGAGUGGGAGGGGAAUGUAUGCGUAUGCUUCGUUGCGAGUGUGAGUGGGUGAGUCGCGAGUCACAGUGCCGUCUUCGAUCGAGCGCCAUGCCAUGCAAGCACGCACGCACGCACGCACGCACGUAGCUACCGCAAAGUCCGCGGAGAUCCGCUCUGCCGGAGCGCGCUAGGCGGGCGCAUCGAUCGCAUCGUCUCGCUGCGCGCGCGGAUGACGCGAUCAGACUGAUUGGGCUUGUGCUGCAUAGCUGCUUGCCUGCUGCUUGCUUUGCACAGCACGCGUUGGCAGCAGCACCUGCUCACAUUAGCAUCAGCAUCAGCAUCAGCAAGCCGCUUCGCUAGUCACACGCAGCAUAGCUUCCACCUCGCACUCGUAGCUCACACUUGAUCCCUCAACGUUCCUCUGUUGCGACCCGACCUCUGCUGACGUGUGCUCUGCAACAGGCAACAAGGGGCGCGAGGAACAUGACUCGCGCCGGUCACUAGUGCGACUCGGCUUUGGCGUAUCGUCCACGCGUCUCUACGGCGCUCCAAAGCAUUUGCUACUCGGACCACACACCCCAACACUCUGGACCAAGGGGCGGUCGAUGCCUGAGUCAGGAUGCAGUUGUCCACACUGACCAUCACGCUGGUGCGUCAUGCGCAAUCGGAGGAUAAUGCGAAUGGCUACUUGGCAGGUCAUCGGGAUGCGCCCUUGACCUCUCUGGGUCGAUCGCAAGCUCGUCUGCUAGGCAAAGCUUUCCAAUGGUCCGAACUGCUGGCCGUCUACUCUUCCGACCUCAAACGAGCGCGCGAGACUGCUGAAAUCCUAGUAGCUUCCAAUCACACCGUUCCUCCGCCCACACUGGUUCACACCAGAGCUUUGAGGGAGCAAUACUUUGGAGUGAUGGAGGGGAAAAGUUGGAAGGAGACGGAUUGGAAACCUCCUACUGCGAACGAUGAUAGGGAUAAAAAGUUUGAGGGUGGUGGAGAGAGCUUUGAGGAUGUGGGGGCUAGAAUGAGGAGCGCGGCUAGGAGGUACAUCAUACCGAGGGUGGAGAGCUUGAGGAAUGCGCCCAGUGCAGCAGAUGGACGGGCAAGCUUGGCUACGAGCGCGGGCGCUGCUAGACCUGGCGUUAGCGUCGAAGGUGGCCAUAUCGUCGUCGUGGCGCACGGCAUUGCCAUUGCAGAGGUGAGUGAAUGCCUUAUGGAGCGCAUGUAUGCGGGUGCCAUGUCCAGUCGAGAGGUCGGUUCAGCGCACACAUGCAGGCAGGCAGCAUAGACAUGCGAGAGGCUGACUCCGCUUUGUUGCCCUCUUUGUACAGCUGCUGCGGUACUUUAUGUCCUUGCACGAUUCCAGUCUGACAAGUCGAUCGCCCUGGCCUGAUCCCCGUUUAAGCUACACUCGCGUCAGGUUGGAGAAUACCGGCUUUACGACCAUUGAGCUGGCCGUGCCGAUGCUUAGCGGCGGGGCAGAUCCUGCUCUGGAAAUGUCACCAGGCAGACUACGCUCCCAUAGUCUGGAGGAGUCGCACAUCGAUUUGAAUGGUCAUGUGAGGACAAGUCCUUCGGGGUCCAUCCUACCCACAGGCACAUCGUCAGGAAGACCUACAUACGUGAGGAUCGUGGAGCAGAACAAUAUUCAGCAUUUGAGAAGUGUGCAAGUCACGGCUUCCAGAUCGACGUCGGGUCUGGCUAGCGGGCCGACAGGAUUGGUCAUGCCUCACACAACGCCUGCCAUGGACGAGUUGAGCGGAGCAUUGGGUCUGACGCAGACUUCCGCCAGCACGAUGGGCGAUGGUGCGUCUCCCCCUCAUCCCCCCUCUAGCGCCAACGCUGUCUUUUCCAGGCUGCCUCUGGUAUCAUCAGCAGCGCCUAGCAGCAGCAGCAACAGCCUGAACAACAUUGCUGGACAGUCGGCCAAAAGUGUGGGCAAUUACGAUGCAAGUUUCAUGUUGAAAGAAUUGGAAAGGGCUGGAAACGCAUCCGCUAUGCUGAGCGGUAAUGGAAUUGCGGACGGCGGCGAGCUGCAGUGGCAACAGUCUCAAGGACCUGCUAGCAAUGCUGCGCAGCACCAGCAGCAGGCACCCUCCUCCUCAGCUUCACAAUCUCCUCAACAUGUUCGAGAAGGCUCCCUUUCCGCCUCUGCAACAGCAGGUGUAGCCAAUGCUAAUGCGCAAUAUUCGCCCUCUCCCGCUGCUGCGGCACAAUUGCAAUUCGGCACUGAAGGGGGCUCGAACAAUGCAGCUGGACCAUAUGCGCCUUCAGCGCAAGCGUCUGGUCCUUCAGGCUUGGCAGGCCCAACGCCCGUGUCGGACAUUUGGCAAAACGUUUGCAUACGAGUCUUGCCUCUGUUCAACGGCGAAGGGUUGAAGGCGCCCAUUGAAGAUCUGAACCAAAACGUCAUGCUGCACAUUAUGCGAACGUUGGACAAAUCGCCAGCUAGAGCUUUGGACUCGCUCUCUUCGGACCUUUGCAACCUGAUGAGCACGGCUUGUUUUACGCUCAAUGCGAAGCUGCAAGCUUCGGGCGUGCUAGAGGAUGACCAGAGAAUUUUGAAACGAUUGGUAGAGCUGUGGAUAUUCUUCUUUGGCAGCGUAUUGCCUUACCUAGAAGGUGUUUUUUUGCCGCUGCAGACGGACCCCGUCCUGCUCAGUCUUACAAAGUCAUCGGACCCUGAUCAGACCAGCGGCGCACCAUCUCAGCCAAAUCCAUCUAGACAUGCGCCUUCCAAGUCGAAUCAUUCACAUUCGACGAAUCAGAGCAUCAAUACAGCUAUGUCCAUUUCCAACAAUCCGACAUCAGCGGCCGGCACGGCCCUCGCAGCUUCGGGAAGGAGCACGCAAAAGAUAGAUGUGAGGAGAAUUUGUCUGAUCGGAUUUAGGGAUUGCGUGAUCCUGCCCAUCUAUGAGCGUCUGGUGUUGCUCUUCCACAAUAUACGUGAAUACGAGGGAGAAGCACUGGCCGGCUCCAAGGCUGGUUUUGGCGCUCGAAAUGCGGCCUAUUCGGUCGCUUCGGAGUUGGGCUACGAUUCGAUGGGUCAACAAUCCGUAAGGAAUAUCAUCUCGCCCAGAUUGCUGCAGAUGACGACGGUGCUAGCUAGUGUACUUUCCAACGACGAGGCGCAAGCGUCCACGGACGCGCUGGUCAAGGCGUUGCGAGUCGGCUCGAGCACGGAUGUUGACAAUCAGACGGGCAAGGGACCCAACCAGAAAGCGUCUGCGACGGCAGCUUCGGCCUUCGGUUUGGCGCAUUCCAAUGGUGCCAGGGGCAACACCAACAGGAUGGGCUGGUUACCGCAGAGCGCGAUCAAGCACGGUACGAGAGCCACGCCUGCAGGUCAAGCCUCGACCCUGCAUUCUACGCAAGCUAACGACGAGACGGUGGACGAUACUUCCAUGGCCGUACCUUCCGAGUGGAACACUAGUUACUUUUCCAGGAACAUGCCUACGCCUGCUCAUGCGACUAGGGUGGGCCCUGCUACCCCCCUCAGACUUCAGCGGUCCAAUAUGAACGCACCUUUGGGUCUAGCUCAAUACGCCACGGAAGAGGAAUACCUGUCAUCCCUCAGAUCUCCUGCUGAAUCUUCCCCCUCCCCUUCGCCCUCUGCGGACGAGGACGGGGUGGGGAGGGAAGGGUAUAGAUGGGCAAUGGGAGGAAUGCAAGAGGACAACGAAGAAAGAAGAGGCAGCACUUCGAGCGAGUUGACUACUGCUCCGCCACCUUUUGCUCCUCCUUCUGACUCUUGGGCAGCAUCAUCUCAUGCGCGGACAGAUCCGCCGUAUCCAUCUUCCAUCUCUUCUGGCUCUACUACGCUUGCGAGUCGUCGAGCGCAACAGCAUUCUAACAACAAUGACUCCACGCAUCCGGAGGGCGAAACGCCUUCUGCUUCUGACACGCUGGCGCAGGCAAAUCUGGAAAGUGGCUCGUUGGGAUUGACGGUUGUCUAA